AUGCACGAGCAGUCGCUUUUCGCCUCGGUCCCGGUCCACCAACAUCAUGAGCUUCUACAGCAGCUCGCUGGGCUGACAGCUAUGCAGCCCCGCCAUUGCCUAGAGCGGCGCUUGAUCUUCAAGGCGUACCGUAAACCGGGCCUGGCGGGGCGCACCGGAGCGAGUCAGGACCUCCAACAGGGAGACCUGCAACGGCUGAACAAGAUGCUCAAUGGAAACAUGUACUACACCCAGGUGGUUGGUCCGGUUUCCGAGAAGGAUUUUGGAUCCACUGUCCCGGGCGACUCUGACACCCAGAUGGCCGGUGUGGAUGACUCGAAGCCUGAUGGUGCUUCAUUGUCAUCCACUUACAACUAUGAGCGCCAGCCAUGGAAGUUGGAGUUCCGAGAUAUUCCUGAAGCCGGAACACGCUCGGCGGUCACGUCGCGUCUGAUGUCGAGCGCGACGCUGCCCCGGGGAGAUAUCGUCCAAGCUAUGAAUGCGUGGGGCUAUAAUUUCAUCACGGAGUAUCUGGUCGAGGGCGAUAUGUUCGUCCAUAAUGACAUUGCUAUUUUCUUGCACCGGGUGUUGCACUACCCGGGCGCAGAUGAAAUGACCUCUCCCCGACAACAGCUGCCUGCUUUGAAGGACAUGACGUUGUUUGAGAAGAGCGGAAGCUACGUUCUACAGGCCUUUAUCAUUGUCCAAGACGGUAGCAACCAAGAGACGAUGAAGACUGCCUCGCAGCAUCUCUUUGGACUCCGCGAGCAAUUGAGGUCGGCGGUUCUUCUAGAACAGGCAGAUCGAUUGUCUCUUGAUACACGGGCGAAGUAG